UACUUACCAACAACACCACUGAGAUGAGAAAUGGAUUACUGAUACACUAAACGCACAGGGAUCAGGUGGCAGAAAUGCGUGAAUAUCCACAGGUGAAAAAAUGAUUUGCUGAUUUGAUUCGUUCCAGCUGUGAUUUCUCGCAUCAGAUUCGGUGAACAGAAGCUGGUAAAGUAACAGAAAGGGAUUGAAGGAUAUGGCCAUAAUCCGGAUAUCGUUACUCUUGCAAGUAGGAGUUGUUAUUGGAUCAAAUUAUAGAUAUGUGGAACACGAUCGGGACCUAAAGGCGAAGCUGCCCAUUUAUAAUACGCAGAAUAACAAGCAAGCGCAUCUCCGGAAGCUCCAUUCGGGUUUAGCGCAGAAGAUCGAGGAGCAGGUACCCCGAGUGGUGACUGCGUUUCUGCACACGGGGGAUUCCUCCACCUUAAAACACGCUAAUUGCUCCAGAAGAUAUGAGCUGGCGUUGUUGCGGGGAAGGACUCACGGAGACGCGCAUCACUCCAUGCGCGGCGUGCUGGACACGGUCCUUCACGCCACGAACUUCCUAAACAUGAUCCUACAAGCCAACAGGUCAACGGAUCAGAACCCCAGACGUGACAUGGAGUGGUACCAUGCUCUGGUCAGGAGUAUCCUGGAGGGAGACCUAAAGAUCCAUCGAGCGGUGGUCACUUUGGGCUCAGAGACCGUACCUAAAGGGCAACCUGUUUACCUCCAGGCCACACGGGCAGGUGGAGAGAUUGUUCUCCAGGAUUUAUCCAGCAAUGCCCACCGUAUGUUAAAAAACAGAACGGCAGAUUCCGUAUGGUUCCAUGAGCAUAAAAACAAAAAGAAGACCCAUCUCCAAAAGCUUGUGCUGAGUCAAGAUUUUGCCUUUUAUGACGCGUCUGUGCGCAGUGGAGAAAGUUAUAUUAUAGACAAAACUCAGAUUCAUUGGUCAGCUCCGUAUUUGGAAUGUGAAAAUGGAAAUUUAAUUCCCAGAUGGCUCUUGACAUUGUCUGCUGGCUUCUAUGGCCUAAAACCCAACCGCAGUCCUGACUUCAGGGGUGUUGUUCGUGCAGAUGUCAGUCUGCAGGAUGUGGAUAUUGAUCAGUGCUCUGCAGAUGGCUGGUUUGCAGGAACGCACAGGUGCAACCUCACUACUAUGGAGUGUUUGCCAAUCUCUGGUUAUGGAUUUGUGCUGGACAAGUACAGAUGCCACUGCAAAAGUGGCUUUUACCAUCCGAGCAGAGUUGCAGUCAACGGCUUUAAAAGGAAAGUAGGUAGGAAGGGCACUGAAGGGUUGACAGAUCACAGGGAUAUUCCAGAAAGUUCUGGCCAGUGUCUUCCCUGCCAGGAGGGUUGCACUUUCUGCAAGGACGACACGCCCUGUGUGACCCGGGGCGACAGCACCCUGCGUGUGGCUGUGCUCUCGUUCCAGGGCUUGUGCAUGCUGGUGGACUUCAUCAGUAUGGUGCUUCUGUAUCACUUCCGCAGGAACAAGAGUAUCAGAGCGUCAGGACUCAUUCUGUUGGAGGCGAUAAUGUUUGGAGCUCUGCUACUUUACUUUCCGGUGGUGAUUUUGUACUUCCAGCCGAGUGUAUUCCGCUGUAUUCUGCUACGGUGGGUUCGUCUGCUCGGGUUUGCCACUGUCUAUGGAACGGUCAUCCUCAAACUCUACAGGGUUCUGAAGGUGUUCCUGUCACGCACAGCUCAACGGAUCCCAUACAUGACGAGCUGGAGAGUUCUGCGUCUGCUGUGUGUUAUACUGCUCAUUGUGUUGUGGUUUGCAGUCGCCUGGACCUCUGCUGUUUGUCAGAACCCAAACAAACAUGUCGCUCUUAUCAGUGUGGGCUUCACCAAUGACGGCCUGCAGUUCAGCAUGUGUCUGCUGGACCGAUGGGAUUACAUGAUAGCUGUGGCUGAAUUCCUCUUCCUGCUGUGGGGGGUGUAUCUGUGUUAUGCGGUGAGGACCGUACCCUCGGCCUUCCAUGAGCCACGCUACAUGGCCAUUGCAGUGCACAAUGAACUAAUCCUCUCUGGAAUAUUCCACAUUAUAAGGUUCACUCUUGGAUCCGAACUGCACCCGGACUGGAUGUUGAUGCUAUUCUUUGCUCAUACCCACCUGACAGUCACUAUCACUUUGGGGUUACUGCUUGUGCCAAAGUUCUUGUUUGCGGGGACACAUGUAAGGGAUGACAUUGCUACAGAGGCCUAUGAAGAUGAAUUGGACAUGGGAAGGUCUGGGUCAUACCUGAAUAGCAGCAUCACGUCUGCCUGGAGUGAGCACAGUCUGGAUCCAGAGGACAUUCGGACACCAGAGGAAAUGGGCCAGCUAAAUUCUAUUAAUGGCUGUGGCGUAAGGUCUUGGGACAGUCUUUGGGAAAAACGUACCAACGAAGAGCUGAAGAAACUCUAUUCCCAGUUGGAGAUCUAUAAAAGAAAAAAGAUGCUGGCAAACAAUCCUCACCUGCAGAAGAAACGCAGCUCCAAGAAGGGUCUAGGCCGCUCCCUCAUGAGGCGCAUCACUGAGAUACCUGAGACGAUGGGGCGCCAGUGCAGCCGUGAAGACAAGGACCUGGGUGACCAUGGGAGUGGCCGAAACAGCAUCUGUGUCCUGAGAAAGAACCCUUUUGACCCCUCACACUCUGUAAAGCCUGCCAAAGAUGAGUCCUUGAAGAGCAAAGUUUUUUCACUUAAAAAAUCCCACAGCAGUUAUGAUCAUGUCCGUGACCAUAGUGAAGAUUCUAGCAGCUCAGCAACUGACAAGAUGGAAGUGGCACCGACAGAAGGCUCUCUCCUUGAAACCCUGAUGGGCAAGAAGCUGGUCAAAAAGUCCUCUGAGAAGAACGAUGCAUCUAGUGAGUCAACAGAAUCAGUUCCCUUGGUGUGUAAGUCAGCCAGUGCUCAUAACCUGACUGCUGAUAAGAAACCAAUUCACCCAAGAACAUCCAUGCUGCAGAAAUCUCUAAGCGUUAUUGCCAGUGCCAAAGAGAAGACUCUUGGUCUAACAGGAAAAGCCCAAGCAGCGGAGGAUCCAACCAAGAAAGUUAAUCAAAAGAACAAGGAUACCAAGACUUCAGUUGAAGCUGAAGAAAAGGAGGGUUAUCCAAAGAUGAUUGUCAGUCAGUCAGUAGAGUACAAGCAGACACCUGCAAAAACCGGGAUAAUGAAGCAACAGAUGAGUGGAAGCCAGCCCUCCAUUUGCUCAGAACAAGUAAAGGGUAAAGAACUUUAUGACCUUUCUGAAGUGUGCCCUUGGGAAGUGGAGGACUUGCCGACCCCCUCUGAAAACAAGGUCCAGAAACAUGUGUCCAUUGCCCCUGAGCAGACCACCACAGUCCAUGGAGGCAGCAACAAGGUGACAAAGCAACAUCAGCAAAAACAGAAAGGGACAGAGCAGUCAACCUCUGUGGCCAGGCAUCCAAAUCAAAAAGUUGCAGACAAAAUGGACAUCUGUCCAUGGGAAGUGGGCAAUGAAUACCCUGGUCAGGUAACUGGGCCAAAACCUCACUCCAAUAGUAAGCCUGCCAAGUCCCAACCUCAGUCAUCUGGAGAGGUUACAAAGGCUCCAAGAGCUGAGGUCUGUCCAUGGGACUUUGAGGAAGUGCUGAGCAACUCAAAGGACUCUGCUUACGUUCCUGAUCAGAGCAGACCUAUAAAGGGCACCACACCAACUGAGAUCAAAGGCAAAAUAAGCUCCUCGCCUACUGAUGUCAAGGGCAAGGGUACUACCCCUACAGAGGGCAGAGCAAAGGCUCUGUCAGAGUCCACAAAAUCAACAGGCAUCUCACUGCAGCCGCCCACUAAAGAAGACGUUUGUCCAUGGGAAUUUGAAAUUGUCUCAAGUCCCAUCUCUGACAAGACCCCUUGUUCUUCUCAGGUUCCUAAAACAAAGGAGACCCAUACUAUGAAGAAGGCAACUUCCCCUGUCAGACUAUUAGAGAAAGAAAAAGAUGCAGAUGAUGAAAAUGUGAAAUCAAAAGCAAAAGACAAGGUCACCUCAAGCAAGACAGAAGAAAGACCUGUCAGCCAGUCUAAGUUAGCUGAGGUUUGCCCGUGGGAUGUCGAUAGUAGUCAGGAAAUUGUCUCGAUGGAUAAACAAAAGAGCCCAAAUGUUGCAAUAGCAAAAAGCAAGCAAGCAGAUGUAUGCCCUUGGGAUUUUGAAGAGGCAGCAACUAGUAAAGAAGCAAAUACGAGCACCAGUUCAUCCGCUGGCAAACAGAAAAGUCCUAUUUCCAAAAGCAGAGUUACUAGCAGUGUCAAAAUAUCAGAUGUCUGCCCUUGGGACUUUGAUGACCAAACAUCAACAAAAAAGGCAUGACACUUUACCUAAGUGAACUAUUAGUUAGUCCUCAUUAUAUGUGCUUUUUCUUUCAUAAAUACACCAUGGAAUUAAAACUUUAAUAGAAUUUAUGGUGAUUUGGAGAAAAAAAACAUCAAGUCGCACAAGCUGCCUUUCUCUUCAACAUUUUGUUUUCCUCUUGUGUUUUUUGGAAUUAAAAGAGAAUAAAAUCAACAAAAAAAUGCAACAACUCACCAGGCAUUCCAGAUUCUGAAGUAUUUGUCAAACCUUUAAAUAGAAACGGUAGUUUACAAUUAUGCAACUCUUUAUGUGCAAUGUAAAAAAAGAUGCCUAUACUCAUCACAUGAAUAUUCAUUAACAUUUAAACUCUCUUAAUAGCUGCAUCUGUGGCCUCUCCUUGACACUGGCUUCCUCAAAAGAUUGUACAAGUUCCUGUUACAUAGGAGGAUCUUUGUGUGGGCCAU